GCAAUCCUUUACCCUAAAAACCCUAAGUAUAUCAUCUCCUUCGUAUCAUUUCCUCAACUCCUCCGGCGAGAGAGAGAUAGAGAGACGGCGAAAUGGGUCGUGUAAUCAGAGCACAACGUAAGGGAGCAGGAUCCGUUUUCAAAUCCCACACUCACCACCGUAAAGGCCCGGCCCGAUUCCGUACCCUCGAUUUCGGCGAACGUAAUGGUUACCUAAAGGGAGUAAUCACAGAAGUGAUUCACGAUCCCGGUAGAGGAGCACCACUCGCGCGCGUGACAUUCCGUCAUCCGUUCCGUUACAAGCACCAAAAAGAGUUGUUCGUUGCUGCUGAAGGGAUGUACACUGGUCAGUUCGUUUACUGUGGUAAGAAAGCUACUCUUAUGGUCGGCAAUGUGUUGCCGCUCAGAUCUAUUCCUGAAGGAGCUGUUGUGUGUAAUGUGGAGCAUAAAGUAGGAGAUCGUGGUGUUUUUGCUAGAUGCUCUGGUGAUUAUGCCAUUGUUAUCAGUCACAACCCUGAUAAUGGUACCACUAGGGUUAAGCUUCCAUCAGGAGCCAAAAAGAUUGUGCCAAGUGGAUGUCGUGCCAUGAUUGGUCAAGUUGCUGGAGGAGGACGUACUGAGAAACCAAUGCUCAAAGCUGGUAAUGCUUACCACAAGUAUCGGGUGAAGAGGAACUGCUGGCCUAAGGUCCGUGGUGUUGCUAUGAAUCCUGUGGAGCAUCCUCAUGGUGGUGGUAACCAUCAACAUAUUGGUCAUGCCAGCACAGUCCGUCGUGAUGCACCUCCUGGGCAAAAGGUCGGUCUUAUUGCUGCAAGGAGGACUGGUCGUCUCCGUGGUCAAGCUGCUGCCACUGCUUCUAAGGCUGACAAGGCUUAAGACAAUUUGCUUGUUACUUUUUAUCUUGUCAUUGUGUCCUGUUCAAUUUUUGAGUAUUCAGCUACAACAAUUUGGUAGUAAAGUUAGUAACAUGCUAAAUUUUGUUGGGAUGUUUAGUAAGUUUUGUUAUCGUGAUCUUUCUGUGGUGCAUUUUACCUUUAUCAAUGUCAUUCAUUUACUUCAUGAA